AUGAAAAUGAAACACCUAUGUUCCGAGGCAAAUGGUUUUCAUGGCAAGAUGUGCAAACUGGAAAUUGGUAUCUAUGCUGCAUUUUGGCACGUCAUUCUUGCUCAAAGUAAUGCUACAAGUCAUAUACUACAAGAUCUUAAACUCGAUCUGAACACAGCCAUAUCAUUGAAGUCACUGCAGUGUUUUGUGAGUAAAAAACGAGAGCAUUUUUGUGAUUAUGAGGAAAAAAGGAAGAAGAUGUCUGGAACUGAUGAAUAUGUAAAAGCAAGCGAGCGUUAUCAAAGCGUGCGGCUCACUCUAUUAGAUUAUGGAGGAUCAGGAGAAGCUAGACUUACUGCAUCUGAAAAAUUUUGGGUUCAGAACUUUCUCCUUGUAAUAGAUCAAUAUCAAACAUCUUUGAAUCAACGCUUAAAAGCAUAUAAGAAUACCUGUUCUCUUUUCGGUUUUUUGAGAAAACUGGAUUCACUGGAGUGCAAUGAGAUAGAAGCAGCUGCAAGAAAAUUGGUUGAUAAAUAUAAAGAUGAUUUAGAUUCAGCACUUUGUGGUGAGCUUGUGCAGUUUACAGCUUUCUUCACUGAAUUUCUUCUUGAAGAAGAUGAUAACAUUGGGAGGGAACAUUUUCUUUACAAACUAUUGCUGAAGAAGAAAAUUGUGAAUACAUUUCCAAAUGUUGAGAUAAUGUUACGAAUGUACUUGGUUCUAAUGAUCACAAACUGUUCUUGUGAACGUUCAUUCAGUAAAAUAAAGUUUAUAAAGAAUUGA